AUGGCACACCCAAAGGCAGUCCCUCUCGUCGCUCCAGGCCACACCCGGCCCGUCACGCAUCUUUCUUUUUCUUCGCUCCAAGACGACCAGACGUACGUGUUGAUCUCCAGCUGCAAGGAUGGCAACCCGAUGCUGCGAGAGUGGACGGGCGAUUGGAUUGGGACGUUUAUUGGGCACAAGGGCGCCGUCUGGUCCAGCAAACUGUCCCCAGAUACGUCGCGCGCAGCUUCUGGAAGCGCGGACUUCACAGCCAAAAUUUGGGACACUUAUUCCGGCGAGUCUUUGCAUUCAUUCCCCCACAAUCACAUUGUCCGGAGCGUGGCGAUAUCGCCCACCGUCACACAUCUGCUCACCGGGGGGCAGGAGAAGAAAGUGAGGAUGUUCGAUCUCGGCCGUCCAGACGCAGAGCCGGACGUGUUUAGCGACAAUGGCGGUCCGAUAUCGCACGAGGGCACAGUCAAAAGUGUGGUCUGGGUCGGCGAUCACACUGGAGUCACAGCGGGAGAAGACGGAUUGAUAAAGUGGUGGGACCUUCGUACGCGAAAGUUGACGACCAGCCUCACUUUCUCCGGCCCGAUUACCUCAAUGGAGCUAUCGUCGCAGACAAACCGGCUGGUAGUGACUUCGGGGAAGACCGUCUCGUUUAUCCCUGCCCUGCUGAACGGAGGCCAGACGCAUAGUCUGACCCUGCCCUAUGCGCCUUCGUCAGCCUCAAUCCAUCCCAUUCUCCAGGACCGCUUCGUCACAGGAAGCACAAGCGAUGAAUGGGUGAGAAUCCACGAUGUGACGGGAGAGGAGAGAGAGGUGCUGAAAGGACACCACGGCCCUGUACACUGCGUUGAAUUCAGUCCUGAUGGAGAAAUGUUUGCGAGUGGCAGCGAGGAUGGCACUAUCCGCCUGUGGCAGACAACGCCGGGCAAAAGCUAUGGUCUGUGGCAGGGCACUCAGACCAACGGUGGUCCAUAG